CAUCGAAGGGAUUGCGGCUUACAGAGAACACCGAAACUCCCAUCUUUCUCAUCCUUUUGCUCCGCUCCCACCAGAAACCACUGAGGAAGUCAAAAUGGCGGUUGACCAGGAGCAGAUCGAGAGUUUUGGAGCUUUGCUGAAGCAAGGGGCCGAAGCGAGAAUCUUUGAGUCGAUCUUUCUCGGACGUCGAUCAGUUGUUAAAGAGCGUUUUUCAAAGAAGUAUCGACAUCCGACUUUGGAUUCAAAAUUGACUCUUAAACGGCUGAAUGCUGAGGCUCGCUGUAUGACGAAAGCAAGAAAACUGGGUGUUCCCACUCCUGCCCUAUAUGCCAUUGAUCCAUUGCUUCAUACACUUGCCUUUGAAUUUGUCGAAGGAAAAGCUGUGAAAGAUAUACUCCUUGACUUUGGUUUGUAUGGCAUAAAUGUGGAGCUGAUGAAUGAACUCGCCAUGCAAAUCGGUGCUUCGAUUGGAAAACUUCAUGAUGGCGGUUUAAUUCACGGUGACUUGACGACAUCAAAUAUGAUUAUUCGGAACGAAACUAAUCAAUUGGUGCUAAUUGACUUUGGUCUUAGUUUCACAUCAACUAUUCCUGAGGACAAAGCUGUUGAUCUCUACGUGUUAGAGAGAGCGUUGCUGUCUAUGCAUUCUUCAUGUGGGAAUGUGAUGGAUAAAAUUCUUGCUGCGUAUAAGAAAUCUUCAAAACAAUGGUCAUCUACACUGAACAAAUUAGCUCAGGUGAGACUGCGAGGUCGGAAGCGAACGAUGAUCGGUUGAUUCUUCUUCGUCCUAUGAACUUGGUAAUUCUUCACCUGAUUGUUAUGAAUAAUUUUACUUCCCUUUAUGUUAAAGAGUUAUUCUGUUUUGCCAUGGUAAGCUAUUUUUUCGUUUUCUGUAGCUGAGAUAAAAUUUGAUUAGUGUAUCCUUACAUAAGAUUUGUUAUGUGAUUCAGUUGGGCCUUCAUUGAUUCUAAAUAUUUCAUUUU